AUGGCUCCAGUGGUCUUUCCUGUUUCGUCCUCUCAUCUCUUUUCGCACAAAGUUGUAGAUUCUACGACCCGUGCCGGGCACAAUGUCUCUCAAUCCUCGCCCACAUUCUCCACCUCUUCCUCUUCCUCUUCCUUAACUCUACUCUCGAAAUCUCCAUCUCCAACUGCACUCCCUCACAUCCACGAACAUCUUUCCACAAAUGUAGUUGACGCCCCACCCACGGUUUCCGCCACAUCCUACAUCAAACUCAAUAACAAUACACAUACUUCGGUACCUACUUCCCUCCCCGAUUCGACCCGAGUUGGCAAUCCAUAUACAGUAGAAACGCAAGCACCGCAACCAAACAAUACCGGAAGGGUUAUUGGGAUAGUCAUUGGGUGUAUAAUAGGGGUAUUGAUAUUAGGCGUGAUUGGAUGGGUAUAUGUAAGGAAGGUGCAACAAAGCCAGAGAAAAAGAAGGAAGGGGAAGGGGAAAGUAAAGAAAUUGAAGGAGAAAGUGAAGGGUAAGGUUAAGGUUAAGGUUAAGAGGAGAAAACAUAGGAAGCAUAGGAAGCAUAGGAAAUCGGAAGACAAGGCAGCUGGGGAUACUGGGGGAGAAGCACCGGUUGCUGAAUCCUAG